GGGAUUUAUCACCUGUUCAUUGAACACCGACCGUAAUUUUCCUUCCUUCCAUCCAUGACAGUGACACUGUCGGUUAAAAACGGAGGUUCCGGUGUACCUCCGUUGCUUCUUUCUGUUGAGGACCGUGCGAAGCUCCUCGACGCGGGUAACAAGUCUCAAGACCAUUACAAGAAAAAACUCUCACCCUUCCGCUACAAGCUUCGCGCAGCCAUCUUGCCGCUUAUCAGAUCGGAAAUCCCGGCACUCACCCGCAUCCAAUUUUCGCUUCGUCACCCGUUGCUUGACUUGUACUUUGCCUGGACGGCGAACCUUGCGUCGCAUACGUUUUACGUGCUCCUUUUGCCAUUACCCAUCUGGUACGGCGGUGCCGAGCUCACGCGCGACUUGGUAUUCAUUCUUGGCUUUGGUAUCUACAUCACAGGUACCUUGAAAGACUUUCUUUGUCUCCCCCGCCCGCGCUCCCCACCCUUGCACCGCAUCACGAUGUCAGGCUAUACCACUAAGGAAUAUGGCUUUCCGUCGUCCCACAGCGCCAACGCUACGGGUGUCUCGUUGUUACUUUUCGUGCAUUUCUAUGCCCAGAUAGGCCAGGUUUCAACCCCUACCUCUGUCGCCAGUUUCACUCUUUUGUUCAUUUACUACGCCUCCUUGAUCUUUGGCCGCGUAUACUGCGGGAUGCACGGUUUUUUCGACAUCAUCACCGGUAGUUUCAUCGGUUGUACCAUUUUCCUCGCACGCUACUGUGUGAAGCAGACCUGGGAUCAUGUGGUGGUUUACUCCGGCUCCUGGUUCUUUCCCCCGGCGUUGAUUGCGUUCUACUUGGGGCUCAUUCAUUUGCACGCGGACCCUGUAGAUGAUUGUCCAUGUUUUGACGACUCUGUGGCAUUUAUCGGUGUGCUUUUGGGCUACGAGCUAUCGUACUGGGCCUUUGUCAAGUAUGACUACUCCCGUGUGUUGCUUCCGUAUGUGUAUGAUACAGCUUCCCUUCGGGGCGCCGCCCCGGUUUCCAUCCCAUUCUCCUUGGAAAAGCUCGGGCUAUUCAGGUCCGCCGCCAGAAGUGUCGUCGGGGUGGUUCUAGUGGUGGUGUGGAAAGCCGUUUCCAAGCCGCUCUUGUUCACCGUCUUGCCUCCGGUCUACAAAAAGCUCGGCGUGUAUCUUCCUCGCUCGGGUUUCACGUCCACGGCGCUGACAAAGGACUCCACCAAGAAGAUCAGACGCUCAUCGAUACAUAUCAAUGAAGGUGUCUCGGAGAUGACUGACUUUGUGCGCUCCUUGGGUGAUAACACCGUAGUGGACAGCGUGGGAGUAGAGAAUGAUAUCGAUUUCUACGAGAAUAUCGAUGCCAUGCAAAAGUCGAGGCAGAGACGGUCUGACUCUGUCGGAAAAGAUGUACCAAGCAUUAGUGUGAUUGACAUCUACGAUGAGUCUAACACCGAUUUCGACGAUUUGCCCGUGAUCUGUGGGGCAUUGAAGCCGCGGUACGAUGUGGAGGUGAUUGCGCGGUUGAUUGUCUAUGCCGGGGUCUCCAGUGUCGCGAUAUGGGGUUUUGCCGUUGUCGUCCAGUACACUCCGUUUAUGUAGUAGUUUCAGGUCUUUAUGAAGUAUGAUGGAUAGAUAUUAAGUGUAAUAGCCUUAUGGCCGGU